UGGAGAAUUUUCCAAGAAAACAUAUUUCAUCCCUAUGAAAGGUCUCUUGUUGAAUUGACUCUUGGAGAUGGAUAUUAUGAAAUGGUCUUGGGAAAGGUAGAUGCUUUAAGAAAGAAGGUAGUAUCUGUUGGCAAGGAACAUGCUUCACUUUGCGCUAAGUCCUCGUCAAAGAGAGAAGCGGAGGAAAGACUGAAUGAGGGCAUUCAAAAAGUUGAACAUAUUUUUUAUCGAGAAGGGAAAAUUGUUGACGAUUUGUUGGGCAUUGCCAAGACUUUAAGAGCAAUGCCUGUAAUUAGCUUGGAAACACCUACACUCUGCCUUGUUGGAGCUCCUAAUGUAGGAAAAUCUUCCUUGGUCCGUGUACUCUCUACUGGAAGCCUGAGAGAGUCAUUCCACUCUGAUUUUUCACUUCAGAGCAACAAUAUGCCUGAUCAUCCCUCUGUUAUAUUUGGUCACUUUUGCUCCAAGGAGCGCGCAGGGCCUCUCCUGCUCUCAUCACUGGGCAUAGGCUCUUUAGAAGUAAUUGCCUCGGUGGUCAUCCAGAGUUCUGAUGUAAAGGGAAAAGGUAUUAGCGCUAGUGAGGAUGCAAUAGUCCUUGGACUGCUUGAUUUUCUCGUUCCAGUGACAUUGCUAAUUCAGAGUAUGAAAGACUCAAGUUCUGUCGGUUCAAUCAUGAAAACUAGGUUAUCCUUUGAUUUCUCUCUGGCGUUUCAGGUUUGCAACUAUCCCUUCACAACAAGAGGGAUUCUUAUUGGUCAUAUUGUUUUGAACUAUCACAAGUUUCAGGUUACAGAUACACCAGGCCUACUGAAGAGACAAUAUGAAGACAGGAACAAUUUAGAAAAGUUGACACUUGCUGCCCUUUCACAUUUGCCAACUGCAAUUUUGUAUGUCCAUGACCUUUCUGGGGAGUGUGGCACUUCACCUGCUGAUCAGUUCAGCAUAUACAAAGAAAUAAGGGAAAAUUUUACUGAGCACUUGUGGCUUGAUGUUGUUUCCAAAUCUGAUCUGUUGGAAAAGGCUCCAGUAAUCUAUGCCACAGAAUAUGCAGAUCCUGAACAGCUUGAGCUGUUGAAGUACCGGAUUUCAGGACCUGAUGGAGCUAUUCAUGUCUCUGUAAAAACAGAACAAGGACUUCAUGAGCUGAAAUGCAGAGUGCGUGAGCUGCUUAAUUUGCAGAUGGCUAAGAUAAAUGAUAUGAGCAAGAACCAACAAAAGUGAUAAGUUUUGUUCUUAGAGGACACCAGAUCUGUGAAGCAACAUCACAGCUGAAAAAAGGGAAGCUUUACUCGUCGUACAACCCUUGGCACCAUGGCAAUUAAGGGGGGCUUGCUUUCUGGUUACAAUUAAGCAUGGAAUGGUAAGUCAUGAGAUACUUCUGUGGCAUGUUUGACACUGGUGAGUUUUGAAGAAAUGAAGCCCUUGAAGAAACUAGAUCUUUGGUGUUGGAAAUUGUUGGGGCUAGAUAGAACCGUGAUGUAAUUAAAUUCUUUGUUAGAAAUAAUUAAACUUUUCUUGCAUGUUUUCUUGUUUUUGGCAUUGUUACUCUUCCUCUAUCAGUCUCUUAUCUUUCGCAAGAAUUUUUUAUGCCAUGCUCUAUGUAAUUAUUUGGGGAUUUAAGCCCCCACAAGUUACAGGAUGACUCGUUUCAAAAGAAAAACCUUAAUUUGGA